CCUUGGCGGCUGCAGAGCCGGCAGCGCAGGCGGGCGGAGCGGAGGUGCCCGGCCCGGUGGCGGGCGAUGCCCCCGUGAGCCUCUCUCGCCGCCCCUCCCCGCCCCGCGCCCCUGCCCCUCGGAGUCCGCCGCGCGCCUGGGACCGGGCCGCGCCUACCGCCGGGUCCGCGGGGCGGGGUCCCGGGGCAGCACCUGCCCCGCCUUGCGGAGUCGCCUGGGCCAGCCGAGACCCCUCCCUGUCUGGACCCCGGCCCCACCUCCGGACUCUCACCACAUCACCUCCUCCUGGAAGCUACUUUGACUGUCUUCACCUCCUUUCUUGAAAAGUGGUGUCACAGAAGUUAACAGAGGACUUGUGCAAAUGCCCUAGGGGUGUGCUUUUGGGAGGGGCACGCCCCCCUGUGAUGGGAACACUACACUCGGAUUCAUCAGUUCGCAGGAGGACCCCUUCGGCAGUCUGCCUGGCUAAAGCCACAUUUGUUCUCUCUGCUCUCAUUACUGGCUGUGAAAACAACAGUCACGCCUGCUGAAUAUUUAUGCUUUGCCUGACACAGUUCCAGGCACUUUCAUCUGCGCUAAUUUAAUCCUUCCAACUAUCCUAUGAGGGUUGCCUGAGGUCCUGCUGCCCCGUGGACCAUGUUUAACGGGGAGUCAGGUCCAGCCUCGGCUGCGGCCUCCAGGAAUGUGGUGCGGAGCUCCAGCAUCAGUGGGGAAAUCUGUGGGUCCCAGCAAGCCGGGGAUGGCACCGGGACCAGCACUGCCAAGAAGCGACGCAGCAGCCUCGGGGCCAAGAUGGUGGCCAUCGUGGGCCUGACCCAGUGGAGCAAGGGCACGCUCCAGCUGCCCCAGGCUGAAGGGGCCACCAAGAAACUGCGCAGCAACAUCCGGCGGAGCACGGAGACGGGUGUUGCCGUGGAGAUGCGGAGUCGGGUCCCUCGCCAGGGCAGCCGGGAGUCCACAGACGGCAGCACCAACAGCAACAGCUCGGACGGCACGUUCAUCUUCCCCACCACCCGGCUUGGGGCCGAAAGCCAGUUCAGCGAUUUCCUGGAUGGGCUGGGACCAGCCCAGAUUGUGGGGCGACAGACACUGGCAACACCGCCAAUGGGGGAUGUGCACAUUGCCAUCAUGGACCGGAGUGGCCAGCUGGAGGUGGAAGUGAUUGAGGCUCGGGGCCUGACCCCCAAACCCGGCUCCAAAUCCCUCCCAGCCACCUAUAUCAAGGUUUACCUACUCGAGAACGGGGCCUGCUUGGCCAAGAAGAAGACGAAGGUGGCCAAGAAGACCUGUGACCCCCUGUACCAGCAGGCUCUGCUGUUUGAUGAGGGACCGCAGGGCAAGGUGCUGCAGGUGAUCGUCUGGGGAGACUACGGCCGCAUGGACCACAAGUGCUUCAUGGGCAUGGCCCAGAUCAUGCUGGACGAGCUGGACCUGAGUGCUGCGGUCACCGGCUGGUACAAACUCUUCCCCACGUCCUCAGUGGCGGACUCUACGCUCGGCUCCCUCACCAGGCGCCUGUCCCAGUCCUCCCUGGAGAGCGCCACCAGCCCCUCGUGCUCCUAAGGACCUCAGGGAGAGGCUGGGGUGCGAUGUGAGAAGGGGCGGGGCCGCCUCCCACCGCCUCCCCCUGUACAUAGUCUCCACGUCUCUCUGGCCCCCUGCCCUGCUGCAUGCCCGCUGGCUACUGGGCCUGUCCCAGCUGUCUUCGGAGACUCUAGCGCGUGUGCGUGUGUGUGUGUGUGUGUGUGUCUGUGUGUGACCAUGUUAGGUCUAUUCAUUUGUCUGGGUGUAGUCUGUCUUGGUGACUGUAUGGGCUGAAACCCAUGUCUCUCCGUGUCUCGUUGUAAAGAAACCCAAAGGAGAAUUGUGUGGCCAGGACUCCCCGCCGCCGAAUCCAGGGGUGGGAGUGGGGGACACGGCCAUUGGUUCCUCCCGCCUGGCCCUGGGCUCAGGGCAGAGCCUGCGUGUUCCCACCCGUGCCUGUCCUUGGUGAUCUCUGCUCAGUUUUCCGUCUUGUCCUUUGUUCCACGGCUGCCUCUCCCAGCACUGCUGCUCUUUUUUGAGGAAUGUAGCAUCCACUGCAGCCGGCCACACUGAGGCCCCUCUGGGAAGCCUGACACCCUCCUCUCCACCGAGCUCUCCAGCCGCUCUUCCCGCCGAAUGCAUCCGCAGCGCGUAGCAGCUCACGCAGGGCCCUGGCCAGCGCCCUGGGGAGCAGAAGAUGCCGGGGGCUGAGGGCUUGGAGAUCGCUUUCUCCCUCCAGCUGGCACCUCCCCCUUACUAAAAGUGAGAUCCAAGGGGGUGUUUGGUCCCAGGGCUGCAGGCAGGAAGUGCGAGUGCCUCCUUUUGCAUUGUUCACCUCCGGUCUCCCUUUAAGCCUCCUUGCUUCCGACAUGCCAAAGGAGCUCUCCCAGUGGACCCCAGCAGGUGCAGACUGGAUGGUCUUAACCUGCAAGAGGUUGGCCUCAGAGGGGAUGUUGUCUGCCAGAGUGGACAGCCCCUGACAGCACCCGUGUCUUUCCCAGGCCCUGAGGGUGGUCCUGUGCCCCUCGGGGCUCAUCCUGAAGGGGCCUGGCUUGUUGAGGGGCCACGGAGGGCAGGGUUGUUGGCAGGAAGGAGGAGGGCUGGGACUGACUUGCUCUAAGAAUCCUGUCUGACCUUCAGGGAUUAGCUGCAUGAAGCUGACUAUUAGGGGCUCUAUUUUUUUUUUUUUUUUUUUUUUUUGCUCAUUUCCAGACCAGGGUCUGUGUUUGACAGCUCAGACUUACUGAAGCUCCAGCCUCUGGGCUCCUGCACAGCCUGGUUCUCACUCUAUAGACCAUGACAGUCACCAGCUCUGUACAAGCAAUACUCACCCCCUCGGCCUCCCCGCCUCCUGUGCUCUGCCGCUGCCCUCUGGAGAGUAGCCGGGCCUGCUCUUGACGCCACACCUGUCUCUGCUGUCUUUCCACCCUUGUCUGGUUGGAGCUUUCCAAAGCCACUCAAACCCUGACCUGAUUGGACAGCUGGACCCCGGGGCUGGGCACCAGGGCCUGGACUGGACCUUGUGAGAUGCUGGCAGGGAAUCCUGAAGUCUGGCUCAGGAGCCCAAAUCUGUCCCUCUGCCUCCUCGGGUCUAGUGUGAAAGGUGAGAGGUUGCCCAGGAGAUGAACAUGACGGGGUCAAGGUCUGGGGCCACUCCGCCGCUUCCCCAGACAUCACCCCCAAGCACGGCAUGACUCUCACCCACAUACGUGGGGGGAGCCGUGGAGAGGUGCUUGGACUCCAUUCAUCACCAAAGCCAGGUGGACAUGGGGAUGGAUGCUGAGGCGGGGACGUGGAGGCAGAGGCUCUGAGACAGACCCUUCUCCACCAAGGGGUUUCCUUUUCUGGCAGGAUCCGCAUUGGGCUAAAGCCAGGGCCUGACCACCUCCCUCCCGAGAAAACUGCCCACGGACAAAAUGUGGGUGAGGGCAAUAAGAACUAGCAAAACGAAAGCCUGGGCUGACUCCUGCCGGAGCCGGACGGGAACUGUUGUGUUUGUGGAGAGAGAGAAGAGACAGCUGGGUUGAGUUUUCUCUUUCUCAGAAAUUCUCUUCUGGCUUUGGGACUGGGUAAUGCAUUUCUCAUGUGUCUAUGGCAAAGGGCUCUCUGGUCUUGGAUCCUAGGGUGGGGAGAGGGAGGAAACUCGCUUGCAGGAGAGUAUUUGUAUGUCCUAUGGGUGAUACAGAGCCGUCACCCUCAGAACGGUGUGCAAAUACUCGACAGCUUUGGAGUGGUGGGAUUAUUACUGACCCAUAGGUUCGUGUAGAUCCUUCUUGAUGUGGCAUGGAGCGGUGACACCCAGACUGUGUGGUCACCCCCAGGGAAUGAGGACUGUCAGAGAGGGUGUCACCCUUAUUCCCCUAGGGACCUAGAAAGACAAAAGAUGGGGAGCUACCAGCUGAGGCUGCCACUGGGGAGUCAAAGGCUGCUGGUCCCUUGCCUCCGCGGAAGGUUGGCUAGCAGGGGGCACAUACUAGCCAGAGGGGUGGCCUGACCUGUCCUAGAGGUGGGCCGCUCCAUUGUUCCGCCUCACUAAUGGAAGUCAUUCCCCACCCAAGUCGACCUUGGGGGAUUAUUUUUAACCCUUUGUACCAAAUCAAGUUAAUCCAGUUACCCCACCUGGAUCUUCUCCCAUGAGAAUGAAGUCUAGUGAGGCUCCAUAUAUGUGUGGUGGUGAGCGGCUGGACGUACAGGUCUGGGCCUCCUGGAUGCAGGGGCUUGUCUGAGAGGCUGCUCUGGAGCAAGCCUGUCCCAGGGGAGGAGGGAGCACGUGUGACUGCUGGCCUUCCCUGGAAGGGGGGGCGCCCAUGCCUUGAGGAGGGCACGGUGGGAAGGGAAGGAACAUGAUUCCUCCCAGGCACUGUUAGACACAGUGUCACAGCUCCACAUGCCCGCUCCUUGCCCCAGGGGGCCCUGGGGCUGAUGACAGGCUGGGCUUUUUGUCACUCCGUCUCCCUCUGCUCAGGCAGGUUUCGCGGAAGACGUGGCACAGCCAGCGCUGCUGGGCUGUGGGCAGGAACCAUGACAGAUGAUUCCGAGCAUCUGUCUUCAUGUUUCUGCUGUGUUCAAUCUGUCCCACUUCCUUCACAGACUCCUUUCCUAAAGGGAUAGCUGUGAUGGGCCUUUGGUAUGAAUCAAACGCCAGCGAAUGGGGCCAAGUCUCGGUUUUUCCCUGAAGGAUCGCAUCCCUUUUGUCAAACCAUCUCCCGAACUACUCCCCACCCAGUUUCUGGCCCAACCUAGCACUCUUAGGAAAGGAGGCUGUCAGUGUGCAGCAAGCCCAGGCACUGCCAGCAUUUCAGGGGGCCGAGAGAGAGGGUUGCCCCUCUCGUUCACCACUCAUGGGAUCACUGGUUCUCCCCGGGGCCUGACCCCCACCAGGGCCAGCGUGCUUGAGUUCUUUACUACCAGCCUUGAGGAAAGCGGAAGCCUCCCGCCCCCUUCAAAGAUGCUAGAGCCCUGCAAGGGCACUUCUUUGGAAAUGAAAUGUAGCACAAUCUCAGACUGUGUUACCAGGAGCCCUGGCACGCAACCAGGGUCCUUGUUCCACGCCCUGCUGCCCAGGAGAAGCUGGGCUCCCCGCCCCCGACCCCCACCCCCCAGCAGGGGCUCCAGAGCUCCUGAUAACCUCCGAGUCCCCAUCUUCUUCAGCCCAGAAAGCAGCAGGGCUUCAGAAAGGCUGUUCUUCUGCUUCUUUGGUUGCUUCCUGCACUGUGUAACCCUGUGGACAAAUUGCUGCCUUUGCUCGUCGGUGGAGGGGGGGUGUGUCCUUCAGGACCAGGAAGCCGGCCAUCCGGCAGGGUAUCUGCAGUGGCUGCCAGGAAAGGGAGGGGGAGAGGCCUGCUGCCCACUGGCUCCUUUCUCUCUCCCUCUUUCUUCCUCUCCCCAGAGUUUUCUUCUCCAAUAUCCUGACCCAGAAAGAGGUUCCUUAAAAUGCUGCUUCCUGUACUGGACUACUGUCCACUUGCAUGAUCAGGGAGGAGAUAGGAACGUAGACUCGUCCCCUACCUUCUCCCUCGAGUCUGCUUUUCACUCAGGUCAGAAGAGGCUGGGGCAAAACAAAAACAGUCGUGACUGAAGGGCAAGCGUGCCCCGCCUGCUCCAGUGAGGCCUGAUGGGGACUGGAUCGGCGUGGGCUGGCUGGGCAAGGGUUAUUUUGAAAGAGUGCCUGAGCAUCUCAGAGUGAUGUCAGUGAUGCCAAAGAGAGCAACUUGGCCUCCUCGGGCAGCAGCUCUGCCAGCUGAGCCGCACACGGUGUCAGCAUGCCCCAUGGUGGGACCUUGUUCUCUGACAAAGGGCUUAAUCUUUCCAUGUAGCAAAGCAACUUCCUCUACCCCCCAACCCUGAGCUCAGGCCUUUGUGGGCCCAGUAAGUCUGUGCCUAUGAGGGAAACUUGCAUUCUCCCAGGGGCCCAGACUGGCUUGGGGAGGAUGCUCACCACAAAGCAUGCAUGUUACUGCUCCAGGAGAACCUCCCCACAUUCUGGUUGGAAACUUGGCCAGCAAGGAUAGGAACCUUCAGCCUCCCAGGCAGUUCGCACUGAUGCCAGGAAGGUCCUUGGGCCUGGGUUCCAGAGAGCUUGGCAAACAGAAAUGGGCCCUGGGAAUCCCAAAGGCAACAGAGCAUCCGCCCCAAAGGUCAAUGGCCUGGACAGCCGGCUACAGAGAAUCCAAGGCUAUUAUAUACAGAGAAACUGUGACAUUAUGCAAGUCUCCUCCCUUUCCUGGGUCUCAGCUUCCUCAUCUGCAAAACCAGAGCAUUUGCUAGUUAUUCCAUGCUCCCUCCAGGUUUUUAAAAUCUGAUCUGGAGCUGAUGAGGAUCGUGAGCCUGAUAUACCUGGCACCUGGUCCCACAGGCUGGUUCUUUCCAGCCCUGGGGGCAGGUCCUCACCCAUCCAUGCCCAGAUGCUGCUUCUGACAAGAACUCUGGGAAUCCUAGCGGACUCUGCUCCUUCCACCUCCUCAUGGUUUAUUGUUCUCUUCCUCUUAUGUGAUGAGAUAAUUAAGGGUCAUCUGCAAUGGACAAUUUCCAAGGUGCUGGUGUGAGGUUACAGCCUCAGCUGUAUCCUGUGUAGGUCAGUAUCCCCACCAGCAGACGAUGCUGGGUUGGUCCUCAUCUCUGCUUCGAGAACGGGAUCAGUGUGAGAAUCUUAAAAGAAGAGGCUCUCUGAUGGGAGGAGAGAGGGAACUUAUUUCCCUUCAAAGUAUUUUGCUUCUUGAAAAAAAAAAAAAUAUAUAUAUAUAUAUAUCACUCUUCUCCAGAAUGCCUUUUGCAGACACCAUCUCAACAGGCAGAGUGGCUGCUGCUUCCUUAGGAAAAGCUGGCCUGAUUGUUUCAUCCACUCCUUGAGAAUGUAAAUUCACAGGAGGCAAGAACCCCUUUUUUUAGAAUUUCCAAAUGCAUCCUGCAGAGAGAGAGCGGAUAGGAACUGACAAGCACACUGUUUAGAUAAGAAGCAAUUAGCCUUUUACAUUUUCUAUAUGCAGCAUCUUCCCAAACUUGUUGUGGCUCCCAGGUGGCAGGUGGAUGGCUGGGAAGGACUACCGGCUGUUUCUUACAACAUUCUUGCCAAUUCCUUUGAGGAGAAAAAUCCUUCACAUGGCUUCUGCAUGUACAGUAUUUGGGCAGCACACACACAAAAAAAUUUAUUAAAGUCAGUUUGAAAAUGG